UCUUCAAGCGCAGUUAACCGUCGCACACGAUCGUAUAAACACACACGCGCAUACUUCUGCCGGACCAUACGACUCUCGAACGACGACCGUGAAUGAUAUAAUAUUUAUUGUAUUACACGCUUCAGUGUUCGUCCACCCGCACAAAAGUAACACUACCAUUGCGCACGCACUCGACCCGGUGGAGCUAAAUAAUAUCAUUAAAUUAUAAUAUCGUCGACCGGAAGGAUUCGAAUUAAUUAUCGCAUAUAAUAGCCGUUUCGACGAUAGACACACGACUGCAAAUCGUCAUGAUCACCGCCAGUUCAACACGGGUCGCUUUGACCGUGGUCACAGUAUUCGCAUGGUUUGCGGCGGGUCAAAGGAUCACAACAAUACAGUUGGAUGGAACUCAAUACUACAUCAGUAGGAUGAACCCAUAUUCAGCAGAAUUGAACUAUUUUUUGGCAUAUGAAUAUUGCAGAUCAAUUGGAUUGCAGUUGGCUUCAUUUGAAACAUUGGAAAAAACGAACUCGAUAUCGGAUUUCUUAAGAAAUGCUGGUUACAAUAAAUUUGACUAUUGGACAUCUGGAAACCGCUUGGGCACUGACAUGCUCAUCUGGAUGUCAACAGGUCUACCAUUCAACACAACUUUCAAUCAAAUGAAACGGCCAAACCCGGACAACAACGGUCUGGAUAACGAAGACUUAAAAAUGAACGCUAGGCCGGAACUGCCCAUAGCUAGGAAAAAGAGGGGCGAAAGUGGUUCCAGAGAUGGAUGCGUCGCGAUUAAAGCUCCUAACAUGGACUGGGCAACAGCUGACUGUACCGACCUGAAGGAUUUCAUUUGCGAGCAGACCAGAUGUUAUUAUUACAACUACGGGUCGAUUCCGGUGUCCUCCAGCCAGGGUUUUGGUUAUAAACAAAAAGCUACGGCAUUUCCAAUUCACUUAAACGUAUCUUUGGAGGAAAAUACUACCACUUCAACAACUACUACCACCACUACUACCAUCAACCCCACUACAACUACCACUAUCACAACCACUAAUCCUGUCAUCACUACUAAUACUACGCCAGUAUCACCCACCAUUACGCUAACAACCUCCGCCGGUAUGGCAGCAGAGGGCUAUGCGAUUACUGACAUCCGCCGGAAGUCGGAAGUUGACGAUGACAACGACAACGACACUCUUAGAGCGGCGGAACCGGAACCCGAACUGACGGUCUCAAUGACAUCCGGACCGGUUGUCGACGAUCUGUCAUCCACAAGUACGAUUGAACCGCUGCAAAGUGGAUAUCAAGAGUCGCAGACUGACGAACAGUCAACCAGCGAACCACGAGUGGAUGAACGGCCGUCGACCGACGAACGAGCGGACAGUCAGUAUUACACUACCGAACUUCCGACACUCAUCCAGAUGCACAAUCAACAACAACAUGAACAACAGGAACACGACCAACAGCUACACAGACAUUAUCAACAUCACGAGGUGAAACAACGCGGAAAACAAGAAAUAGAUCGUCGAGAUCAACAACAGCACAACGACGCGUAUACUUUUGAAUCGCUGGAAAAGGCUUUUGCCACCGCAGUGACGCACAAGAUUCGAUCUACCAAGGACUUAGAACAGCCGAAAGACAUCGCUGCAACCGCCGGCGAUUUACAGUUACCGUGGUCGUGGGCCAAAGACAUUAUGUUACAGAAACCCGUAUUGAAAAAGUCAUCACAAGAAGUCGCUUAGUUCCAUAUCAAUCAGCGAGUUUUACUUUUAAAAUAUUAUGUUUGUUUAAAGAAAAAACAUUUUUUUUUUUUUUUUUUUUUAAUUGAUUAAUUAUGUAUGACAUUUUAAAAUCAAAAAUCAUCGAAAAGCCUAAACUUUGUACAAACGUUGCUCUCUUCCCUCCACAAUAUUUUGCUGUUUAAUUUAGUCAUGUAUAAUUACAAAAAUCUGUUCUCAGCGCUUAAUUCUAUGGAGUAAUGGUGGUAUAUUUAAUUUCAUGUGAUUACCUAUAUAUUUUUUUUAAUUUUAUUUAGAAAAGUAAUGAAAAUAAUGAACAAA